UGAAAUGUAUCAUGUGACUACGUUGUGAAAUUUUAUUGGCAAAUCAGAGUAUUUUUAAAUUUUCCGCCAAUUUCAGGAUACAUGUGAAACUACAAUAAUGAAGUCUGGCAACGUCGAGUUCAUUGUAGUAACAUAAGCUUGUUAAUAAAUGAGUAAUUGUUAAUAUUCCGUACUUUAAAGUGUUUUUUAUUAGUUCUUUUUAAAUAAUUUAGUUUAUAGAAUUUUAAACGUAUUGUCAGUAAAAGAAAGUGUAAUUGCACAGAACUACUCCGAAUUGUAAAGCCGCACACCACACAAGUCAUCACGCCAUUUUGCCGUUUGUCGAUGUGUAUCCUGUUAUAAUUUUCUUACGACAGCUUAGUGUAUCAUUGUGUUGUACUUAUGAAAUGAAAAAUACAUUUUUCAGGUGAUUAGUGAAUUGUGCAAAAGUUUUUUUCCGCUCCGAUAUAAUAUUUGACUUUUAAGAACCUAUCAAAGGUUCAGACUCCGUACUCAUUAAACGUUUGGGAUUAUCUAAAUUUGGUGAGAAAAAUCUACACCAUGAACCCAAGUGGUUUUUAAUCACCUAGAUAUUAUGGCUCAAUCCCAAUACUAUGAAAUAUUAAAGGAAAGUGACAAAAACGCAGAACCACGAUAUUUUACUAAUGUAGAAGACCAGACUGUGCAGUAUGUGAUUACUCCUGAUACCACACAAGUUCAGUUUCCAACCCAACAGAUAACUCAAGAGCAAGUUCUUCAAGCUCAAAUCGUUCAACAACCAAUUAUCCAGCAGCCUAUUCAGCUACAACCUUCUCAAUUUGCUGUAAUCAAAGAUGGUACUCUUAGACAGGAAGGCCAACAAAUAUUUUUUUUAGAGAACGGUGUAACUGAUGGUAUCAUUAUUGAAAACAAAAUUCAACAAACUGAAAUCUCUCAACCUAUUGUAUUAAAUCAUCAGAUAGCUAGUACUGUGGUGAGAGGUCCUAUUAUGAAGACCGGACUCAAUCAACAUGUUUCUUUGGAAAUGAUACAGAAAAAUCCUCAACAACAAAAAAUAAUGCAGAGAACCCCAAAUUCAACCCAACAGCAAAUUCGACAAAUAUCUCCAGCAAUAAGUCAAAUAAGACAACAAGUCAACACGGCAAUGAAAGCCCCUAAUCAAAUGCAUACUCAAAAUCCCAACCAACAACAUCAAGUCAGGCUUCAACAUCAACAAGGUAGACAAAAUUUAAUGAGAACUACACCACAACAACAAUUCAGACCUUUGCAACAUAAUGUUGCUAUAAGACAAAAUGAUCCUAACCAAAUUAGACAGAACCUGAGACCAAGUCAGUCCCCACAUCAGCGACCCAAUCAAAUGAUGAGAACUCCUGGAUUAGCUGCUCCAAGAGCACAAACAUUGGCCGCUUCACAUCAACAACAGCAUCCAUUACAGAAAUUUAGUAAUCAGGGAAAUAGCAUCAACAAUACUGAAAUGAAAAGUGCUGAUCAGGAAACUGUUGCAUUACCUGAUGGCGCAGUAGUAACAAUGGCUGCAUACAACAAUAUGUUAAGAGAUCAGAAACCAAGAACUGUUCCAAAAAAAACAAGCCCAGUUAGGCAGUCUAAUCAAAUGCAGCAGAAUAUUCAAAUGCAACAAGGCAAUGCAAAUCAACAUCAAAAUAGUUCCAUGCAACAACAUAACCAGACUGCAAAUACAACAAUACAGCAACCAGUUAAUCCUUUAACACUUCCAAAUAUUCGUCCUGUUCCGAAAAAGAAACCUGCAGCGAACCGUAAUUCAAAAUCUCCACCUAAAUCUGGACCUAGAGCGCAACCUCGUCCUAGAGCUCCAACAAAUAUUAAUCAACAACAGAGUACUCCUGGUCAUUUUUCUAUGAUAAACCAACAACAAGGUACUAAGGUGCAGCAACCACAGCAGUUUCAAAACCAGAUUCCUUCAACAGUGUCUGUGAUGCAACAACAAAAUCAUCAGCAAACCCAAAUUCAACAGCAGCAACAACAACAAGCGCAGUUACAACAGCAACAACAACAAGCACAGUUACAACAACAGCAAUUACAACAGAGGAUUCAGUUACAACAACAACAGAUCAAACAACAACAAAUGCAACACCAGCAAACUCCAAAUAAACAACCAACUCCAAAUCAACAGCAAACUCCAAUUCAACAACAAACUCCAAUUCAACAACAAACCCCAAUUCAACAACAAACCCCAAUUCAACAACAAGUCAAAGGCAAGCCGCCAUCGCAAGCGCAGUUUGUCAUCCAACCUCCAAAGCCCAAUCAAAAACCUUCACAACAGAGGCCAUUGCCUGCCUAUAUACCUUCUAGUCAGAUUCAAAAAAUAAUAGAGAGUACACCAGUAAGUGAAGAAUUCUCAGAUUCUAUAAGGAUGUUGGUACUAUUAGAAAAUGGCGAGCAAAGGUUGAUAACUUUUACUUUACCCAAAGAAGCCUGCACUAUUCAAGAAAUUUUGGAACAAGUCAAUGUACCAUUCCAAACAGAUACUAACAUUCAAGUCAUAGAGACGAAUUCUGAUGGAAUAAAUUAUAUAGUGACAGUUGGAAAUAUACCCAGUAUAGGUGUACCAGAUGAUGAGCCUCCACCACUUGUCAAAUCAGGAGAUCCACCAAAACCAGUAACUCAACCUAUUCAACAACCCCCUGUGCCUGCAUUACUUCAACAAUCUACCAAAACUGUGGGACCUAAUCAAACAGCUCAGAUCAGCCAAGCAGGUCAGAUUAGCCAAUCAGGACAACUUAGCCAAGCAGGUCAAAUUAAUCAAGCAGGUCAAAUUAGCCAAGCAGGUGAGAUUAGACAACCUCCAGUUCAACAGAAGACACCUGAACCUCCUAAAAGUCCAUCCCCUGAACCGGCAAAGGAAAUACCUAAAUUUGUGCCAGGUAUGUUAGCUCUUUGUGGCGCCUGCGGGUAUUUGUCUGAAGAUUUCAACAAGUGCAUCAGAUGUUCAAGAAAAUUACCUGAAAAUGUAAAAUCAAUCCCAGCCAAUAUGAAGAAUGUCCCCGGAAAUCCCAAAAGAGACAUUGCUACUCUAGCUCAAGCACAACAGAUAAAACAUCAAACUAUGCUACAACAGCAGCAACAGAAAGCUAAUGCUGCCACUAGCACCCCGACACCUGUAAAAAUACCUAAUGCUCCCUCUCCUCAAAAGAAGAAAUCCUCAAGAUCUAAAGUAUCUGAACAAGAAAGUGUACACGUUAUUAGUUCCGAUGAAGAAGAGGAAGAAAAACCGAAAGUUAAUGACAGUCUUUUGCAAAAACUUGGAUCCUCUGUGACUAUCAGUCCCGUUUCUAAGGAACCAUCAACGAUUGACAUACAAAGGCAUAAUUCUUCGAAAAACAAUAUUACUCCUAAAGUAUUUGCCGAAAAGGAUAUCGUCAAAACAAAACUGAAAUGUAGAACUAUUAGAAUUGGAUCAUACAGAUGCGUCCCCACUGAAGAGGUUUUCAUAGAAACAACAAAAGUGGUUAUGCACGUACCCCAUCCCAGCAAAGAAAAAGGCAUAAAAAAAAUAACCAUAGAAAGAGCGGACAUUGUAAAGGUCUUAGCGAGUUUUAACAGCUCGCUACCGGUUGUCUUCUACUACCUCGACUCUGGAUUAGCCAAAAAGGUCAGAGAGGAGCUCGACAUGUUAUCUGACAGCGAUUUUUAUUUCGAUCCUCUGUCAUUGGAGGAUGAAGCGCAAAGACGCAUAACCUUGUUACCGGACGAUAUCACCGAAGAGAAUAAGAAUAUGAUCCAGUUGAUUUAUGGUUAUCCUAUCAACAUACUCGACGAGUUGAAUAUCAAAGAGGCCAAUGACAUUUUGAUUAAAACGUGUCCUAAGGAGUUGGCGAGAAAUACACUUGGAUUUGGGAGUUUCACUGAAAUCAAACAAUUAGUGACCUAUCCACCGGAAGGGCGUUAUAGAAUUACUAUCAAUACUGAAGACUACAUAUGCUUAGGACAGGAUCAGUUCUUGAACGAUGUCAUAAUAGACUUUUACCUUACCUAUUUGACAGAAAAUCUGCCUGUUCAACAACGAAAUAAAAUCCACGUCUUCUCGACUUUCUUCUAUCGCAGACUUACCACAAAACCACUUAAAGCCUCUAGAAAAUCUCAGCCAAGCGAGUUGGAUCCAACUCUAACGCCUGCGCAAAAACGCCACGCUAGAGUUAAAAAAUGGACGAAAAAUGUGAAUCUUUUCGAAAAAGAUUUUGUUGUAGUUCCCAUAAAUGAAAACGCCCAUUGGUUCCUUGCCAUUAUUUGUUUCCCAGGAAUGGACGGUACGCAUACUUGGGACGGUAAACCGAUUAAGAUAGAGGUGAAAUCAAGGAAAAAAAAAAAAGCUCCUUCUGCCACUCCCACUUCAACAAAACAAACCGUAACUAUAAAACAAGAAAAAAUUGCUAAACCAAUUCCCUGCGAUGAUGCUGAAUUAAGCGAUAAGGACGAAGCAGAAGGAGACGACAGUGAAAUGGAAUCCGAUGAUUCCGAGGAAGUGCCCCUUAGUCAAAACGAAUCCUUAACGCCUGCAAGUACCAUUAGCAGUGGUACUGAUAGCGGUAGUAGUAGUAUUAGCGGCGGAGGCGGCACAGCUACUACAGCAGCUACAACUACACCAUUGGUUCCUCCCUCACCUGUAACCAGGGGUCCUAAGGAACCUAGGCCGCCUAUUAAACAACCUUGCAUAUUAAUUUUUGACUCUCUGUCGGGGGCGAAUCGAUGUCGCGUUGUAGCGACCCUCAGAGAUUAUUUAACAUGUGAAUACAAAGCCAAAAUGGGCAAAGAAAGGAUUUACAAUAAAGAAGUGAUAAAAGGAGCCAAUCCCAAAGUUCCUCAACAGAAUAAUUUUACCGAUUGUGGAUUAUAUUUACUGCAAUACGUAGAACAAUUUAUAAAGGUCCCAAUAAAAGAUUUUCAUAUUCCUAUAAAAGAGAUUCAAAAUUGGUUCGAAGAAAUUGUGGUUACCAAAAAGAGAGAAGAUAUAGCGAAUUUAAUAAAAAGUCUCAUGAAAGAAUUAGGAAAAGACACGAGGUUACUUCCCGACAUCGCGUUUCCUACUUAUAAUGGAAAAAUCGUAGAACGUGAAAUGGAAGAGGGCGAAGAGGAGGAAGAAGAGGAGGAGGAAGAAGAAAUGGAGGAAGAGGAAGAAGAAUCUUUUAGUACUCCAGAUCAUCCGAGCGACUCACUCAUAUCUCUAAAUAGUUCGAGAUGUACCAUGAAUGCUUCGAGUGACGACGGGAUGAAAACCGACGAUGAAGGGUCGCCGAUGAAACCCUCGAGUGAGGGAAUUUCUAGUGAUUUUGUGACGCAAUCUGCGGUUAAUGCAAAACCGGACCUAAGUGAAUUUCCGCGACAAACGAGCAAAGAUACGCUGUCGAUAUUAAAAGCGAAACGGAUUGUUAGACAUAAAUCUGGCGAAGGACCAACAUUGAAAAGACUCAAAGGUGAUCAAGAAUAGUGAUUUUUUUAAUACAUAAAUUGGAACACGAGACUUGUUUUAAUUUUUUAAAUAUAUUGUUAAUUAGUAAUGUUAAUAUUAUGUGUGUACAUUUUAAAAAGGAAAUGAGAAAUAAUAGACAUUCUACUUUCAAAAUUAUGUCUUUGAAG